AUGGAUCGUACAAACGCCGAACGAGUUGCCAUCAUUGGCAUGUCCUGCACUCUACCAGAAGACAUCAACGAUGCCGAUGGUUUAUGGGACUACUGUGCCCGUGGUCAAUGUUCAGCCUCGGAGAUUCCAGCGUCGAGAUUCAAGAGCAAGGACUUCUACCACGAGGACCACUCAAAGAGGGGACACUUCAAUAUUACGGCUGGCAGCUUUCUCAAUCAAGAUGUUUCAGCCUUUGAUGCUCGCUUCUUCAACCUCAACGAAGCAGAAUCCACAGCCAUGGAUCCGCAACAAAGGCUUCUGCUGGAGUGUACAUAUCGAGCCCUUGGAAAUGCUGGUCUGGAAUUCGAUCAGCUGGCUGGCCGUUCAGAUGUUGGCGUCUUUGCUGGUGCGUCCAAAAGCGAUUACGAAGACAGAAUGAAUCAAGAUCCGUACACCGCAUCUCGCUAUGCUGCGACAGGCAAUGCGAUGACCAUGUUCGCUAAUCGGCUUUCAUACUUUCUGAAUAUACACGGCCCCUCAGUCACCGUCGACACAGCAUGUUCGUCCAGCUUGACGGCGCUACAUCUGGCUGUACAAAGCCUCCAACGCGGAGAAUGUUCCUACGCAAUCGUCGGCGGGUCCUUCUUGCAGCUAUCGCCAACCAUGUUGAGCAACAUGGGAAACCUCGGUACGCUGAGCAAGGAUGGAAAAAGCUACUCGUUCGAUCACCGAGCACAAGGUUAUGGACGAGGAGAAGCCGUCAGUUGCAUUGUGUUGCGAACAGAAGCACAAGCAAAAAGUUCAGGCGACCCUAUUCGAGCCAUUGUCAGGGCUACUGGCGCCAAUCAUGGUGGCAGGUCUCCUGGAAUUACGUAUCCUAAUGGAGAAGCACAAGAGGCCCUCAUACGCAAUUUGUAUGAGGCCGUUGGCUUGGACCCGGCAGAUACAGACUAUGUUGAAGGCCAUGGCACUGGCACUGAACGUGGUGACCCUAUCGAAGCCAACGCAGUUCUAUCUGUGUUUCGCGGCGAGGGCCACGCGCGCAGCCGCCCUCUCUUCCUCGGGAGCAUCAAGUCAAAUUUUGGCCAUUCUGAAGGAGCCAGCGGCAUUCUAUCAGUCAUCAAGUGUGUUCUCAUGCUCGAAAGAUCUGUCAUCCUACCCAAUGCAAACUUCGAGAAGCUCAAUCCAGACAUAGAGCAAAUUGGCCAUGCUCUGGAAGUUCCAACGAGGUGUAUACCUUGGCCGAGAGACGCGCUUCGCAGAACAUCGAUCAACAACUUCGGCUUUGGCGGCUCCAAUGCACAUGUGAUCUUGGAGCAAGCUGCAGAUCUACCGUUGACUGCAGUUGACGCUGACGUAGAGCAUGCGCCGGCCCUGUUCGUCCUCUCUGCUAAGGAUGCAGAAUGCCUGAAGUCGUGCAUGUCAGAGCUCAGGCAGUAUCUCCAAGAGAAGGAAGACUACGACGAUGAUACUGGCUUCCUGCGACGCUUGAGCAAUGCUGGCUGUUGGGGCGUCUCCGUCGGAAAUCAGUCCUUUGAUAGACAGAGCUUGAAAGUCUCCGGUGAUCAUGCGGCAAUAGUCGAGCUAGCAGAGAGACUGGAUGCAAAGUCCAUUUUCAAUCGAAUGUUGAACGUGAAUGUCGCAUAUCACUCUUUGCAGGUGGUACCUUGCGCGCGGCAAUAUCUGAAAGACAUUCAGCCAUGGCUUGACGGGUGUGAUCAUGUGGAUGACGCAUCUAUAGUGCUCUACUCCUCUGUCACCGGCGCCAAGGAAGUUGGCAGCUCUGUACGGUCGCCUUGGUACUGGACAACCAAUCUGAUCUGCCCUGUGCAGUUUGUCAAAGCGAGCCUGGUCAUGAUGCAGGAUCUUGCCAACGACAAUUGCGGGAAAAGCGUGUCUGUCAUCGAGAUCGGACCGCACGCGACACUUUCAGGGCCGCUACGAGAGACGGCGAAAGAGACACUUCCGCAAUAUUUUUCUUUCUCGUACCACGUUUCCAUGCGAAGGAACAACACCAGCACGGACGGCGUUUUGGAACUCGCUACAUCACUGGUCAACAGCGGCGCCCGGUUCAAUGACGAGUUCUGGAAGACAAUGCCCCAAAUACUCGGGACACGAUUGCUGACAGAUCUGCCGCCUUACCCUUUCAAUCACAGCCAGAGCCUCUGGCACAGUAGUAGGCUUGCAGACUCUCAUGCAUUUGGAGGCUCUCCAUGGAAUGUCUUACUUGGUCAUAGAGCCACAAACAGCGUCGGAGACUCAAGAGAAUGUCGCAACGUCUUCACGCUUCAAGAUAUUCCUUGGUUGAGAGAGCAUUGUAUCCACGGAGCUGUUGUCUUCCCUAUGGCAGGGUAUGUUUCUGCUGCUAUCGAGGCCAUCGCACUGGAGAAUGUCGAUAGAAAGCAAGGAGUGGAAGCCUGCCGCAUCAGAGAAAUGGUCAUUGGAAAAGCUCUGAUCUUGUCUGAUGACCAGGAUAAUGAGCUCUUCACCGUCUUGCGGCCGCGAAGACUUGGCACCAGAGUGACGAGCCAGACCGGAGACUUUGACUUUACGAUCUCUUCUUGGAACAAGGCUGCGGGCUUUGUGGAACAUUGCUCGGGAAUUGUUUCUGUCGUGGAAGUAAAAGCGCCGAAUGCUGAGGACGAUGCUGCGGAGAGGUCUCGAAAGCACUUUGACAGUAUGCGCCAUUCGAUCGAAAACGAAACCACCAGGAAGAUUGAUGUCAAUGCUAUGUAUCGACAGGCGAAGCAGCAGGGCAUGGAAUAUGGACCAGCGUUCCGUUUGAUGUCAAGCUUCUGGACAGGCAACGAUGCUGCAAGAGGGAUGAUCACGACCACGACAGCGAUGGAGCACGAAAAUCAAUUGAUCAUAAAUCCUACAACGCUGGACGCAGCUCUUCACGUCGGUCUGUGUAAUCUGAACAGCAACCCAGGCAGACUGGCAAAACUGGUUGCACAUGUGCCUAUCUUCGUGGAAGAAGUGUAUGUCUCAACCGCCGCGAUAUCGACCACAGGCCCACUGGAAGUAUACUUCCAUGACCCUCGCGCGGAAGCUAUGGGUGAGUCUACAGUUGGCAAUCUCAGCUGCUUCGUGGGGCCCAAUCCCGUUAUCAAGAUUCGAAACUUGCGAAUGAAGAAGAUGCAGCAAGCCAAGGAAGAGCUCAGUGAUGCGGAAAGCAUCAAUCCGAUGAAGUAUCAGUGGUUCGAGCAUCCGAAUUUCUGGUCAGAUGAGAUUUUGAAGAGGAUGCGAGACAAACUGCCGAUGAUGCGAACUGAAGUCCUAGAAGAACUGGAAAGGAUCGAAAGAGCGGCGCUGCGUUACAUGCAGAAGGCUCUUCAGCAGUCUUCUGUACCUGAAUUACCCCACUUGGUUAAGAUGAAGCAAUGGAUGACCACAGUCGUCGGAUUAGACAACUUGAACGAAGACGAUCCCGACGAAAUUGAUACUUUGAUGGCCACAUCCUCAGUAGACAUGCGCUGCAUUUGUGGCGUAGGCCAGCAACUUCCGGAAAUCGUGAGAGGAGAAGUCGACGCACUCUCAAUUCUAAAACAAUCUGGGCUCGACACCAUCUACGAAGAAAGCAGAAUUUUCUCUCACAGCGCAUCGCUCCUCGCACAUACCAUUUCUCAACUAGCCUUUGAGAACCCCAGCAUGCGCAUACUAGAGGUUGGAGCCGGAACAGGAGGCUUCACGAGGCGCAUUAUCGAAGAAAUGGACUCGUUGCCUCGGAUCCCUAGUCGAUUCUCAGAGUACUGGUACACAGACAUUUCUCCGGCAUUCAUUGGUCCUGCGCAAGCGAGAUUCGAGAAAUGGUCAGCGAAGAUGAAGUUUCAAACAUUGGAUAUUUGCUCUGAGCCAUCUCUGCAAGGGCUCGGCGUAGGCGAAUUCGACCUUGUCAUUGCUGCGGAUGUGGUUCAUGCAACGCCAUCAAUUCAACAAUCGUUGCGGAAUGUCCGCAAGCUGCUCAAACCAGGCGGCACGUUGGCUUUAGUGGAACUAUCUCGUUUCUCGCCGUUCUUCAUGCCUUUUGCCACGCUGCCGGGAUGGUGGUCGAGGCCAGAAGGGCCGAUACUUUCAAACCAAGAGUGGCAUGAUGAAUUAGUGGAGGCUGGGCUCACGGGCUGUCAUGCGUAUGUUGAAGAUAUGAAGAGCGGUGGCACUCAUUGUUUGAUUUGGAGCCACGCAAGACACGAAGUUCCUGAUGAUUCUCCGGGCAAGGUUUCAAUUAUCUGUGAGCACGCAAAUGCUGCACGUCUGUGCGAGCAAGAGCUCACUCGUGCGAAAUCAAACACGGACCCGGCCAUCCACUCUUCUCUGGCACAGAUCAUUGACACAGAUAUGCGGCUAUCGAUCGUGGUCGAAGAAGCAUCAAAAUGCAGCUUAUUGAAUCCAGAACCUGGCCAACUCGAAGCGAUACAAUACAUGUGUGCCAAAGCGGAAGGCAUACUGUGGGUAAUUCGAUCUUCCUCAGAAACAGCACAGGAUUCUGCUGUCGCCGGCCUGGCGUUCGGCUUCGCGAGGACAGUGCGUUUGGAAUACCGGCAACUCAAAUUCGUCAUGUUGAAUAUUGUCGAUACUGGGGAGCUGGAUGCCAUGGCUGUCGUUGGCAAGGUCUUUCGGCACACCUUCAUCGACAAGCCGGGUAGACAAGAGACGGACAUUGAUCUUGUGUGGGAAAAGGAUCGCUUGCUCUAUCCUCGAUUGUUGUCUUGCGAUUGGGGGAGUUCUGGCCAGAGAGCAGGGCCGCUGCAGCUCACAAUGGACCGUAUCGGAUUGCUUGACUCCCUGCAUUUUUCAGCAGCUCCGCGAACGCUUCUAGAAGAUCCACUUGGAGAUGACGAGGUCAUCAUCGAGAUCAAGGCCACUGGCCUCAAUUUUCGAGAUGUGCUUAUUGCUCUCGGUAGAGUACCCUGGACCUCUCCUGGCAAAGAGUGCAGUGGCGUUGUCGCUGCCGCAGGCUGUAAAGCAGGACUUCGAUACCAGAAAGGUGACCGCGUAGUCCACCUAGGCGAUGGAUUAUUCGCGACGCAUGCGCGUUGUAAUAUAACCACCAUCGCCAGGAUCCCUGAUGGUUCAAGCCUUGGCUUCAGCGAGGCAGCAUCAAUUCCCAUCAUCUUCUGCACGGCGUACGAGUCAUUGGUCUGUCGUGCAAACCUACAACCGAAAGAGAAAAUCUUAAUUCAUGCGGCUGCAGGUGGCGUGGGCCAGGCUGCGAUUCAAAUCGCCCAGCAGCUUGGUGCAGAAAUCUACUGCACUGUCGGAUCCCCGGAGAAGAAGAAAUUCAUGAUCGAUCACUACAAUAUCAAUCCUAGCAGGAUAUUUUCGAGCCGUUCCACUGAUUUUGUGGAGGGACUUCAGUUUGCAGCUGACGGCGGAGUGGAUGUCGUGUUGAACUCUCUGUCCGAAGACCUUCUUCAGGCUAGCUGGAGAUGUCUUGCACCGCUUGGAAGAUUCAUCGAUAUUGGGAAGCGAGAUGCGUUAGCUAACAGUGCACUCGAAAUGGCGCCGUUUGACAAAGGAGUUACCUACUCGGCUGUGCAACUUGAUGUGUUGAUGCUGCAAAGGUCAGACAGGACAAAGCAGCUGCUAGACACAGUGAUGGAGAACUUCGCGCACGGCACUUGGAAACCUGUCCACCUGGCAGAGAAGUUCUCAGUGGGGCAACUCGAGAGCGCUAUGCGUCUCAUGCAAUCUGGGAAACACAUUGGUAAGAUUAUCAUAAAUAACGAUCGUGAUGCACGAGUCCCCUUGCGUGGUACGAAAGCAGCAAGAAUGUCAGAGAUACGAAGAGAUGUGACUUACCUCAUCACUGGCGGUACGAGUGGUCUCGCAAGCUCGCUCUCGAGAUGGCUUGUCGAAAAGGGAGCCAAACAUAUCGUGUUGGCAUCAAGAAGUGGGGAUGCCCGGUCUGCAAGCGCUCAAGAAUUGAUGGAGUAUGCUCGAACCAGAGGUGCGACCAUCUCGAUGGAGCAGUGUGAUGUUGGAUCCGAGGCCCAAGUCGCUGAUCUACGCGAACGUAUCGAGAGGGAAGGAAUGCCAAAGUUGCGAGGCGUCAUACAUGGCGCCAUGGUUCUCAAGGAUACCAUGUUCUCGUCCUUGACAGCGGGAGAGUGGAAUGCUGUGCUCCGGCCCAAAGUACAGGGUGUGCUGAAUCUCUACUACUCCCUCAGAACCCGCAGCUUGGAUUUCUUCGUCUGCCUCUCCUCGGUCGCGGCUGUAGUGGGUAACGUCGGGCAAGCUCCAUAUUCUGCUGCAAAUGAGUUCAUGGACCGUUUCUGCGCAUGGUGGAGCCGACAGAAUGGCCAGAAAGCUAUUUCGAUCAAUCUUCCGUCAAUAUCAGACGUAGGAUACGUUGCUGAGGCCAUUGAGGCAGGCAUCACGGCAUUUUCGGACAAGGUCUAUGCCGCGUCGCUGUCCGAGGAGGCAGUGUGUAAGGUUAUGGACGCCGCUCUCCAGGACAAUGGUAAGAAGAGUGACAGUUGGGAUCAUCAAAGGAGUAACAAUGUGGUCGUCGGGAUUCCUCAAGUCCCCGCUUUAAGGCCCAUCAUCGAAGAAGUAGGACCGGCACUUUCCAUCAUGAAGCACAGCAUGGAUGCAUUAUCUCGAGAGGAGAGCCAGGGAAGCUCUGUGUCCAUCUCUGACACUACGAGGCAAUCCGUCGCAGCUCAGCUCUCAAAUAUUCUGGAGCCAGCGGAGAGAAAGUCCGUAAUACAAGCAAAUCUGCGCAAAAGAAUUGCGGCCAUCACGUUGAGAGAUCUGGAGAACAUCGCAUCCGAAAGUGCCAUUGCGGAUCUUGGGCUGGACUCGCUCGUCACUGUAGAACUGCACAGCUGGAUCUUGAAGGAGCUCGAUGCCAGAGUCACCGUCAUGGAAAUCAUCGGAUUCCAAACUUUCAAGCAGCUGGUAGACAUUUUGUGCGAACGUUCACCAUUGAUCAACGGUAAAAGCUGA